UUUCAAAUACCCUUCUCCAAACCAAAAACUAAAGUCAAAAUUAGGGUUCCACAUUUCAAUGGAUCGAGAAAUGGACAGAGAAAUCUGCGGUUGGAUUAUCGAAUUCCUUGUUCGUGAAUCAACCGACGAAAUGUUGGUGAAGAAACUCAUCCAAGCAUUCCCGCCUUUGAACGGCAGGCCUCGGCUGAAGAAAACGCUGCUUCUCCACUCAAUCAGAAACGAAAUCCUAGCCGGCAACGUUUCCGAGAGGAUACUUGAUCAUUUGGAGAGGAUCGAGCGCAUUGACCGCAGCCAAAGGCUCAGAAUCCCGGACUCCAUGAGGCAAGCUUACUGCGCUGUCGCACUUGAAUGCACCGCCAAGUACUUGCCUGGAAGCUCGGAUCGGAAUGGCAAGUAUUUGGAUGCGGUGAACAGAAUAUGGAGAAGCAGGAUUGAAAAUCUGGAAAAAUCAAAGGCAUCCAAGUUGGUUUCCGAGCGACUGAGAAGCCGUCGACGUCAAGUGGAGGCUGCCGUCGAGGACGAGGAGUUCGCCAACGUGUUAAUUACAAUUAAUACGCUAAAUGACGCGAUGCUCACCCUUAGGAUCUAUCUACGCGAAGCGCUGGCCUCGAUGGGUCCGUCAUUCCUUAAAAGCCAAUGUGACUCAAUCCUUGAAAGAGAAAAUGGGUCCAUUUCUGGAGAUGUGUAGGAGGAAUUCACUUGCCGGAGAAUGAAAAAAAAAAGGGUAUCUUAAGCCAGUCUUUGCCGUAAGCUCUUCUAUGCCUUCCCUGCCGUUGAAGCUCCGCCAGUUGGAGUCAUAAAAGUGGAAAAAUGGAGAAGAGGUUUGCAUUGUCACCGUCCUUUUCCACAAAACGAUCUUCUUGACGACUACUAAAAAAUUUAGUAUCCUUCUGAGUAGAAAACGGAUUGGUUUUGUUCCUCUGUGCUUCUCUGUGGUGGCUCCGUUACAAAGGGACAACUCUGAUUGGAUGAAACAGUUAGGAAUCCUUUCGAUCUUUAUGUCAAUAGAUCUCUUCUUGUUCCUCAAUCUUUGGAGAAGGCAGCAUUGUAUUGUCGUUAGUUCUCUUGUUAUUACUAUUAUUAUUUAUAUAAUAUAUUUUUUUGAACUUGGACGUGGUUCGAAUUUUGUUUUUCAUUCGGUGAAGAUAAUACAUUAAUUAAUAAAU